GUAUUUAUUAUCUGCCUCCAAUCUCCAAUCUCCAUUCUCCGUUUCGUCGAUCAUAAGCUCCGCAUCCUAUCUCCAUGCACGCUCUCCAUCGUAAGCUCCACAUCCGAUCGCAUCAUCUCAAUGCACGUUCUCCAUCGUACAUCUACCUGAAGUGAGAACUAUUAUUAUCUGAAAAGGUUAUCAAGAACGAACCAAAGAAGCCUGACACUCAACAAACAUGAAGAUCAUCGUUGCCAUAGUCUUUACUCUCUCAACCGUUAGUGCGACAGGCCGGUCAGGGCGCGUUUGGCCCGAUCCAACCGAGUUUAGUCUAGUAGACGCCCUGCAAUACACUUGCACCGACCUACUACCUGGAUUGGAAUAUUUGAACUAUUUCAGUGAUCACUUUGGCGAUUUCAAGAUUGGACUGCAACCCAUAUGUACCGUCUUCCAAAAGCCUGGCGGUCCUUCCGAAUUUGACGCUACGAAGUUCUGCAAUUUCGUCGUCGACUUUUUCGGGCUCGAUGACCUAGACCUGGUGAAUUCUCCUGGUGUUGGUCCUCAAAGUAAGCUAGACAUGCUAGCCUACUUUUUCGACAGAAUCUUGGUCAAUACCACCAGAAACCUAUCUGGAAAGGACCUCAAAAACCUCACAACCAUCUGUCCCUACGCCCAUCGGUUCUUUCCAUCUCCUUUCCAGGAACUUCUUGAAGAAUUCUUGACCGAGUAUUACACUGAGCUAAUAGGCGCCCUUAUCCCCGAGAUCGAAUCCAUUUGCCAGGACUGGAAAGGUUACUUUGCUAGGUUGGGCGUGCCAGACGACUCUCCUUACCAGCAGUUGAUUGGUGGUCUCGUAGAUAUCGUCCCGGAGCUUAUGGGGUUUCGAAGUUAUGAGAACAUGUGUAACAAGUUGAAUCCAUGGUUCGGCCGAGAUUAUGCUGGUCGGAGAUUGUACGCCAAUACGUUCGUCACCUUGAUGAAGGAAGUAUUAAAGUGCACAGGCGAUUCAUGUGCUUAGGCCUCCGUCUAUUAUCCGUGAACUAAACUGGAAACCACCGCCAAAAAAAGACACUGUUUUUCUGCAUGUAAAUUAAUGUCAAUUACGCGCAACAAAGGUCGAUCUCGAGCGUAGUCACUGGGCUAUGUGGUUGUGAAAUAAGAAACAGAAAUCUGUCGCGCAUUACAUGUGAACUGAACAUCAUCUAUAACAAAAAAUAUAUAUACAGUGCGUCCCAGAAAAAACGAAACCGAGAUUUAUCGAUGUUUUAUCAUAACUUGAUCACAUUUAUAAUUAAUAAAUGACACAUAUUUGGAAAGCCGAGAUCCUCCUCUUUCAUCUGAUGCAACUCACAUAAUGCAUACUUGACGCAUGAGUGAUUCAAAUGAAUUUGAAGAGAGGAAACCAAAAAGUGAUUUGGCGGACGGUAUCUUAA